AUGGAAGAGGAGGCAUUAGCUCGUGUCCACAGAGCCCGUAUAUCGAGGGAAGGGGAUGCGGAAUCCAGUUCGGUCGAGGGUCCGUGGCCUGCUGCGACUGGGACUUCGAGGACUCUUAAAGUCAUCGGGUCCUUUCCUCCUGGAGCCCGAUAUAGCCGCGGACAGUCUGAACGUGGCCCCGCGUUGACGGGGGUCGAGGAAGAUCCCGACUCCUUUGGUUUGUCGAUCUCAACCCCAGAAAAAAGGGACCCUCCAAGACCCGGUCUAGGUCGCAACAUUGCACUGGUCCGCUUUGACGACCAGAGGACCUCGUCGACCCUUGAGUCAUUGGAAGCGAUGCGGUCUGCUAGAAACCUCUCCAAGACCGUGAAGUUUCUGGCGCCUGGAAAGAAUGACCGCUCAUAG